AUGGCAUCGCAAAACCGAGAAGACGAGCAUAUUGACGGUCGCCGUACUCGUGAAGUUUACCGAUUCUUCCGUCCGGAGCGUCCGGCUUUGAGGAGCCUCAAGAAAUCUUUUUCUAGCGAAAUCUACUCGCCGCCCGUGAGCAACGCAGAUGGAACUCUCUCGGCCCCCGUGUCACCAGCAUUGCUGCCUCAACCCUCAUUACCGGCCAAUUUCGGCCCCGUCUCCUCGUUGCUCCCGGAGGGGUUGACCUUGGGCGAGCCAAACACGACGUUAACCUCUUUUGCGCACCUUGCUGCUCUGCGACUGAACGUAGAGCGUGUACUAAUUAGUGUUUCCAACCGCACCUCGCAAUUCAUCAUAGCACAGUCAACCCAGUUUUUCCGCAAACCCAGCGAUUUCGAUUCGUUGGGGGAUGGUGUCUGGGAUGGCUGUUUCACACUGUCCUCGAGAUCCUGGAGGAUGUGCAAGGACACAAUUGAACUUCCGCCAUCUGACCGAGAAGCUGGGGAGUACAAAUUCGUCGUGGUGAAUGAUCUAGGCGAAGAUGAACGAUACCGAGAACUCCCCUUCGUCAAGGGUGACCCAAAGUUUCGAUUCUAUGCGGGAACUCCCCUGACAACAGACACCAAGAUCAAUAUCGGCUCUUUCUUCGUUCUCGACAAGAAACCUCGCCCCAACGGUCUGGAUGACACGGAGAGAGAAGUUUUAGGCUCGUUAGGGAUGCUGAUCAUGGACUACCUUCGGGUAAGCCGGCAAGCGUCUGAAGGGCGCCGUGCCGCUAGAUUGUCCCGCGGGCUGAGCUGCUUUGUCGAAGGGAGCUCUAGCUUUGUCGAGUCGCCUCAGCAGUCAUACGCAGGAAGCGCUGUGCCCGGUACGCCGUCCUCUUCCAACCUGAGGGCUCAUCACCUGUCGGUCGGAUCGUUGAAUAGUUUUGAACUUCCGUCCCAGCGGUCGCAAAGCAAUGAUGCCCGCUCCUUCAGCUCCGCCUCCGAUUACAGAGCCGACCAGUGCGUUUCCUCCGCGCCGGAUACGCAGUUACCGGACUGGUGGGCGGGCAGUCGCCACAAGGUGCAGGAGGAGUCCCAUGGCAAUACCUGGGCCUUUCGGCGAGCGGCCAAUCUGCUGCGCGAAAGUCUAGAGCUCGAAGACGAUGGCGGCGUGAUGUUCUUGGAGGCCGUCAACAGUCCCGUCAUGAGUGAUAUCGACACCGGCAGCGACUGCUCGGGAUUCGGCGAAGCCAGCAACCCGGCCCCCGUCCUAGCAAUUUCGACGACCGAUGAGCCCUUUGCUCCGUGUCCAGGCUCAACGGUGCUGUAUCCAGCGACUAACCUCGAGGGCGGCUUCUUGCAACAACUGCUCCGGCGGUAUGCCAAGGGAAAGCUGUGGUCUUUCCACCGUGAUGGGCUGCUAACCAGUUCGGACGAUGAAAAGCCACCCCGGGCGCGCUCUUCUCGUGCGACGAAAUCCCCGGACUUCUCCCGGGGAAGUAGCAAAAAAUGGCGAGCCUUUGAAAACUCAAUGUUGAACCUCUACUUCCCCAAUGCCACCCAGGUGAUGUUUGUGCCUCUCUGGAAUGCUGCCAACUCGCAGUGGUUUGGCGGUUGCUUCUGCUGGAAUACGGUGGAAACGCGCGUUUUCAACCCGUCAGUCGAGCUCAGCUCGAUUCUCGGGUUCGGGUCCUCGAUCAUGGCGGAGUGCAAUCGAGUGGAAUCUCUCAUUUCCGAUCGCCAGAAGGGCGAUUUCAUCGGCAGUAUCUCGCACGAACUGCGAAGUCCUCUCCACGGCAUUCUUGCAGCCGCCGAAUUUCUCAGCGCUACGCAGCUGGACGAAUUCCAGGGAUCACUUUUGGAGACUAUCAAUGCAUGCGGCCGAACCCUGCUGGACACGAUGAACCAAGUCCUCGACUUUAGCAAGAUUGUCUCGUUGGAAAAGUCGUGGCGCCACAUGAGACGGGGUCGCGCGUCCUCGGACUCCAAGCCUCUGGAGAAAAUAUCCGCCCAUCUGGAUACAUACAUGGCGACCGAUAUUGCGCUACUCGCCGAGGAAGUGGUGGAAGGGGUGUGUCUAGGACAUUCGUACGGCCAGAGAUCCACCGCUACGUAUGGCCAAUCUGUGCUGCUCUCAAACGCCGCGACGUUGCCGGCCAAUCUUGCUCAGGACGCGACCCAGCCUCGCUCGGGUGUGGAGGUGAUCGUGGACGUCGCUCCGAACGACUGGACGUAUCUGUCUCAGCCGGGGGCCUUACGACGUAUCAUUAUGAACCUGUUUGGUAACGCCAUGAAGUACACGGAAGCCGGUCGCGUUUCGUUGCAUCUGGAGGUGGCCGAAAUGUUGGACGGUCGCUCGCGUCGACAGGAUGGGGAUGAUUUGGUGACUUUGACGGUGUCCGACACCGGCAAGGGAAUUUCCGAAGAGUUCUUGCGCGGACGCUUGUAUACGCCUUUUGCCCAAGAAGAUACCCUGGCAGUCGGGACAGGAUUGGGUCUGUCGAUUGUGCGAAGUUUGGUUCGGUCCUUGAGCGGCAGCAUCAACAUCCACAGUCGGCCCGGAGAAGGAACCACCGUGAAAGUUUCUAUACCAUUAGCCCGUAUUGAGGCGGGGGAUCCAUUCGAUACGACCUUGGAUACGCGGACUCCAUCCCCUCGUGAGAGGCAAGGAAUCUGUGAAAGUCUCGCCUUAGGCGACGCCCACGCCGGCCGUCGGGCAGCGAUUUUCGGUCUCAGCCCCGAGGCUGCCGCAGAACACCCUCUCUGGUCCACCGUCUCCCGCUAUCUGACCGACUGGUACGGCCUCGAGCUGGUCUCUUGGCCGUCUGACACGCCAACCGAUAUUGUCCUUAUCGACGAUGCGUCCUUGUCGGAAAAGACCUGUCAAACCCUCUACACCCUCCGCCACUUGGUCCCGGCACUUCUCAUUCUCUGCAAUCAGUCGAUCGAUCACAACCAGAUUCAAAGCCAAUAUGCGUCGCUCGCCCAGGUCGUGAAAAUCAUCCACCGCCCCUGCGGGCCACAGAAGCUCGCUCAAAGUAUCCGUCGGUGUCUUGAAUCGCAGUUAGGCUCUGCCACAACGACACCGGAACAAAUUGCUCUCCCAAAGCGGCCGCACCCUCGCACAUUUAUGCCCCCUCCCGAGCCCGAAAAGACCACAUCUGAGGCCAAGGCCUCGAAUUCUUCCUACAGCGUUACUGACCUGACUACGGACUCGGGUAGCUCGGUUGCAUCGUCUUCAAUGGGAGCGCAGUCGCCGGGCCAAGAGAUCGAGCAGCCGUUACCCACCAUCAUCUCACCGCUGUCUUUUUUCCAAGGAUCACCGCCCCAGCCUGAAUUAGUGUCCGAGUCACCUAAACUUGAGGAAAAACAGUCCACACCUGCAGUGACAGCCGCAGAACCACCCGAGCCUCGGAAGGCGCGAGUCCUCGUGGUCGACGACAAUUCCAUCAACUUGAACUUGAUGCUCACGUUCAUGAAGAAACGGAAUCUGGACACCUUGGAGGCGGCGGAGAAUGGAAAAUUAGCGGUGGAGGCGGUGGAACGGCUUUCCGAGGGAUAUGAUUUGAUUUUCAUGGACAUGUCUAUGCCUGUCAUGGAUGGGUUCGAAGCUACGCGAGCCAUCCGCUCUCUGGAGAAAGAGCGAGAUGGUGAGUCAGCUAUAAUCAUCGCUUUGACGGGACUUAGCAGUUCCCGCGAUGAAUCCGACGCGCUUGCCUCAGGGGUGGAUCUAUUCCUGACGAAACCGGUGUCGUUUAAGGAAGUGUCGAGGCUAUUAGAGGAGUGGGAGGGGAACAGGCUACGCGAACGAUGCACGUAG